AUGAAAGGUUUGGACAUUGAACCUGAGAGAGUUCUAACUCUUUUUGCAACCAUUGAUAUGUCAAGCAACAAAUUCCAUGGAGGAAUUCCAGAAAUAGUUGGAAACCUCAUUUCUUUGCAAUUGCUCAAUUUUUCCCAUAACAGCCUAACAGGUCAUAUUCCUUCCUCACUGGGAAAUCUAACAGCACUUGAGUCACUGGAUCUCUCUACCAACAAGCUUGUUGGGGAGAUUCCUAUGCAGUUGAUUGGUUUGAAAUUUCUUGAAGUAUUAAACCUGUCACAGAACCAGCUUGUUGGACUCAUACCUCAGGGAAAUCAAUUAAAUACCUUUCUGAAUGAUUCCUAUGAUGGCAACUUGGGAUUGUUCGGAUUUCCAGUGUCAAAGAGUUGUGGCAAGGGUGAGGAACAAGAACCACCGGAAUCUGCUUUUCAUAAGGAAUUUAUUCUUGUCCAUUGGAUUGGAAAUUUGUAA